GAACCGGUCAGUCGUUGUUCAGCGCGUUUUCAGUGAACGUAUAAUCAAACGGUGGUUCAUUUUAAGUGGUGUGUCUCCUUCGUUGUUGCUGGUUUGUUUUUUUUUUAGUGUGCUUAUAUAUAGCAGCUAAUUUGAUUUGGUAUCGCGUACACCAUGUGUGAGUAGUAUUUUAAUGGAGAUGACAUCAUUACUAUUUCAAAAUAUCAUGGUUCAAGCUAUCGCGGUUCUAACUGUACUAAAAAUGUUGACAAACGCACAAACUACUUGUAAUCAAGGUAUAGGGCGUAUUGUUUAUGAAAGGCUUCCAGAUUACCAGCUACAAGGAUUCGAUGAUGAUGUGGUCCGCGAUACAGCACCUCCUUUUCGAGUAUUGGAGAAAUGCCAAGAGCUGUGUUUGCGAGAUCGAACCGCUGCCAACAAUCUAGUGAGAACUUGUACUUCAUUUGACUUUCAACCAGGUACCCGAAUAGCAUCGUUCGGGGGUACAGUGGAGUACGAAGAGUCCACGUGCUACUUAACCAGAGAACAAGCACACCCCGAAGGCAUAGGAGUUCUCGUGCAAGUGCCAAAUUCCGUGCACUACACCGAAGUUUGUCUUUCGUCCAGCCGAAUAGAAAGGGAAUGCGGAAAUAGACACUACGUUUUCGAAAGACAUCCUAGGAAAAAAUUGAAAAUGCCGCCUUCGGCCGAGUACAAAGAGGUGAUAGCGGCUAACCGGACAGAUUGCGAAGACAAAUGUCUCAACGAGUACACGUUUGUUUGUCGGUCAGCGUCGUACGACUCGACGGGAAAGACCUGUUGGUUAAGUCGGUUUACUAGAAGAUCAAAUCCGGAACUCUUGGAAGACGACCCCACGUCCGACUAUUUGGAAAACACCUGUUUGAGUGCGGACAAGCGAUGCGACGGCCAAGUGAUAUUUGUCAAGGAAGAAAACAAGAGGCUUGCUGGACCCUUCGAAGUGGACAUAUUUGCUAAUCUGUCUUUAGUCGAAUGUCAAGCGCAAUGUCUUCGGGCCGAAAAAUACUUUUGCCGAGCGAUAGAAUACGACGAGUUGUUAAGGAGAUGCAUCGUGUUCGAAGAGGACUCAAUGUCACAGAGGGACGAUUUGCGCGUUAACACCAACCCUACACCAUACGAUCUAUACGACGUCGUUUGCCUUGACGGCGCUGGCGACUUUGCUAAAGGUCCCGAAAAGGAGUUUUCGGACAACACGCCUUACCUGUUCGCCGACGGUGGACGACGACCGGACACGGCGUUCCAACGGUACAGGAACAGCCGGUUAGGAGGCGAAUUCCAUUCGGAAAUUACUGGCAAGUCGUUGAGCGAGUGCUUGGACGAGUGUUUGCGACAAGCCAGUUUCCAGUGCCGUUCAGCCGUCUACAGCGAACGGUUCCGUAUUUGUAGGCUGAGUCGUUUCAGCCAAAGAGAUGGCCACCGGGUGAUUUACGAUGCCGAUUACGACUACUACGAGAACUUAAUGAACAAUCCGUCUUUCGGAAGACCGACAGAACCCGGACCUCUGGAACAAGGAUCGAACUUCUUGGGUCCUGGCGGUAGACCAAUGCCUUAUCCCGCCAAAGCACCAAUUAGCGGAUACGGCGGCGGUGUGUACGGUGGAGGAUCGUAUCCGGCAUACAACGGUGGCGGUGGAGGAGGCUUCGGCAGUGGCGGAGGUGGCGGGUUCGGGAACAGCGGUGGAUUUGGAGGCAUUGGCGGCAGCCAACAGCCUUUUGAUGUGCGUGGCCCUUCCGGAGGUGGAGGAGGAUCAGGAUUUUGGGCGAGUCACGGAAGUUCCGGAAGUCUUCCUCCGUAUGCCGGAUCAUCUCCCGGCAUUAUUGGAUCGUCUAUACCGCCUUCAUACACGCCUUCGUCUCUGCCACCUAUAGGUUCAUCUUUAGGCCCUUCCAUAGGACCGUCACUAGGUCCGGCUUACAGUGGUUCGUCUUUUGGACCGUCUAUUGGAUCAUCUAUAGGACCCUCUCUAGGGCCCUCUUUAGGACCACCAUAUGGAUUAUCGCCCGUGCCAGGAUAUUUUGGUGGUGGCGGCGGCGGUGGUGGCAACAGUGGUGGCAACGGUAUAGACAACAGACCGCCGUUAAGAUGUGACGAAGGAGCUGAUGGAUUUAAGCAAGUAGGAGUACGGAUGCGAAUGGCAAGAGCGUUGAUCAGGCGUACCAUAAGUGUUCCCACGCUGGCUCACUGUGAACAAGAAUGUGCUUUAGCCAGAGAUUUUAACUGUCGAUCAUUCAAUUUCAGAACCGUAAUCCCGCCGUACGGAGGCACUCAUAACUGCGAACUUAGCGACCAAGAAUCGUCGAGGUUCAUGGCGAACGAUCAUCCGGGUUCGACUUACUUUGAAAACCACGCGGACUACGAUUUUUACGAAAGAACGGCAAUGGGCAGUCGAUUAUCAAACCAAGAUUGUCUUGACGUGACUCAAGAGUGUAACGAAGACGGGAUGGAAUUUACAUUGAGAACGCCGGAAGGGUUUUUGGGCAGAAUCUACACUCACGGAUACUACGACAGGUGUUUUUACAGAGGAAACGGUGGCACCGCGAAUGUGUUGAGAAUCACUGGCGCUCAGGGAUAUCCAGAUUGUGGAACGCAAAGGUUUGGAGACAUGAUGACGAACAUCGUGGUGGUACAGUUCAGCGAUUACGUGCAGACCAAUAGAGACAAACGAUACAACCUCACUUGUUUAUUUCGAGGGCCAGGCGAGACUGUCGUCACAUCCAAUUACAUGACCGCCAACUCCGGUAGUCCCAUUCCGAUCGAAUACUUACCGGCUGAGAACUCGUUGAGUUCCCGGGUGCGUCUGAUGAUCCUGUUCCAAGGUCGCCCCACGCAAACCAUAGCCGUAGGAGAUCCGCUAACGUUCCGCAUCGAAUCUCAAGACGGCGGUGGAUACGGUAGCUUCGGUAGCAGCAGUGACAUAUUUGCCACCAACGUCAUAGCCAGAGAUCCGUACAGCGGUCGAAGCGUUCAACUAAUCGACCGCUAUGGGUGCCCAGUUGACAAUUUUGUUUUCCCUGGAUUGGACAAAGCCCGGGAUGGCGACGGAGGGUUAGAAGCUAGGUUCCAGGCGUUCAAGAUUCCCGAAUCCAACUUUUUAGUGUUCGAAGCGACGGUCCGCACGUGUCGGGAUCAACCGUGCCAGCCGGCCUAUUGUACAUCGUUACAUGCUGGCGGCAGAACGGAACCGUCUUUGGGAAGGAGACGAAGAGAUGUGAGCAAAAACGAUACGGAAGACGGCACCGAAGAAACGGAAGAGGAAAAAGUCCAUCAAGUCAUCGAGGUAUUCGAAAGUCGGUAUGACAUGCCCACGUCAGAACAACAGAACGCGGUCGAAGCGGUCGCGGUACAGAAACUAGUGUGCUUGACCAGCAGAGAAUACUACGGCAUGGUUUUCACGUUGUUCAUGUUCUUGGCGCUAUUGAUAACGGUUUGCUUGUCGGCCGGCAUCUAUUACAAACGGUAUUGGCUCUUGAUGGCCAAAGAGAGGAUGGUCAACACCAGCUGUGGCAACAGCUCGAACGACGGACACAGCACGGGACGGAGAACGGCAUUUUCGUCGGUAGGACGUGGCAGUUUUUUCUCCAGCUUAAGCGGUCGCAAACCGUUCAGGAAAGCAUUUUGGGCGUCGCAAGAAGAAGGACCGACGGGAUCAUCUACCGUGAGCCAGAUGGUCAUUGGAGGGAUAAACAAAGGGUUCGUCAAAGAUCCAAGCGAACCCAUCUACACGGACCCGUCACUGUUCGAAGAACGUUCCCGGAGCCUGCGCAGCAUCUCAACGACAACCGGCCAAAACCAAACGGUUUUCAAAAACGACCCAGCCCUGUUCUGUCACUGACACGAUCCGUUAACGCGUUAUUAUUAUUAUUAUACUAUACAUGACAAUAUGCCAAUAUGACAUUAUGAUGCCUAUAUUUUACUACCAUUCCUUCUUUUUUUUUUUAUCUAACUAGUUAUUUUAAAUUCUAGCGUUUUUGAAACCAUUUAUUUUAUAUACAUUUAUAAAUUAUAAAUAUAAAUUACAUUUUUUUUUUAUUAUUUAUUAUAAUCGCUAAUUUUUCAUUUAUUUAUACAUUUACUUUAUUUUAUCUUAUAUUACUUUAUAUUAUUAUUAUUUAUAUUGUAUAUCAUAAUUACAUUUUAUAGCCGACAAACCCGAAAACAAUUUUGUAUUUCUAUAAUGCAUUUACAUUAGGUUUUUGGCCCUGCGACACCGAAUAAAUUUACUCGUUGUACUUAAUGUUAAAUAAUUACUGUAAUAACCGAUAAUUCGGUUUUUGAAUUUUCAACAUUUGUCUAACCCAACAAUCUGUUUCAAUGGAAUAUUUUAUUUUAAGCCUAACGUUUCUAAAUCGCUAUAUUGAGUCUAUUAAAUUGAAUUAAUGUUUUUUUUAAGAAUAUUAUAAAGUACCAAAAAUGUAUCAGUUACAAAAUUCUUACUUUGUAGUUUGUUAAAAUCAUUGUAUACUACUGAAAAAGUGUCGCUACAUAAUAACAUAUAAUACACCGUUUUCCGUUAAAA